AUGGCGCCCCCCGGCGGCGUGCCCAGGCGCGCCUCCAGGGCGGCCAGCGGGCUGCCCGGCCGCGACCCGGCCGCUUGCCGCUGGGCAGGAGUGGGGCUCCGCGCCCAGGCGCCUCUGCCGGCCCGGGCCGCCGCGACGGCUGCUCCCGCGCUGCAGGGCCUCGCCGGCGCUCUCUGGGCCCUGGCGCCCGCCAGCGAGCGCAGCCCGCCGCUCGUCCUGCCCCUCGCGCAGGAGGCGCGCCUGCACCUGCGGGAGUUCCAGGCCCACCACCUCUCCAGCGUCAUCUGGGCCUCCGCCAGGCUCGGCGUCCUGAGCGAGGCGGCGCGCAGCGGCGCGGGCUCCGUGGCCGCCGCGCGGGUUCACGAGCUCUCGUCCCAGGGGCUGUCCAACGUGCUGUGGGCUUACGCGCCUGCGCGGACGGACGACGCCGAGGUGCCCAGGGCGUUCUGUGCGGCGUGCGGGGCGAGGGUCGCCGAAUUCUCACCCCAGGGCCUGGCGAACGCUGCCUGGGCGCUCGCGAGGCUCCGCUCGGAGGGGACUGCCUUCGUCGCGGCCGUGCACGCCGAGGCGGUCCGGGGGGGGGGCCUCCGCGAGCUCGCGGCGCGGGACAUUGCCAACCUGUCGUGGGCCGUCGCCGCUCUCGCGCACGGAGGCUCUCCCCUGGCGGGCCUGCUGGCGGCCGCCGCGGGGCGCAGGCUCGGCGCCUUCGGCCCGCGCCACCUCGCGAGCCUCGCGUGGGCCGCCGCCGCGGCCCGCUCGGCUGGAGCGGGCCUGCGCCGGCAAGUCUGCGAUGCCGCACUGGGAAGGAUCGCCGAGUUCGGGCCGCAGGGGCUGUCCAACCUCGUCUGGGCUCUGGCGAGGUGCAGCGCCUCCUCGGGGCACGAGGCCGAGGAGCUCUGCCGCGCAGUGGCCAGCGAGGCGGCGGCGAAGCUGGAGGAUUUCUCCCCGCAGGGGAUCGCCAACCUGACCUGGGCGCUCGCCUCGCUGCCUGUCGACUCUGGAGAGCUGUGGCGGGCGGCGUCGGAGCCAGGCGCGCUCGACCUGGGGCGCUUCGGCCUGCGCGACCUGGCGAACACCGCCUGGGCCCUUGCGGCGACAGGCGGGCUGGUGUCCAGCCCGCUCCUGGGCGCCGUCGCGGCGGAGGUCCCGCGCGCGUUGGCUCGGAGCGCGCCGCUGGCAUCUCACGGGGACCUGGCGGGGCUUGGGGUCAGCGUGCUGACGGCGGUGUGGGCCCUUGAGCUCGCCGGGCCCUCGCGUGCUGGCGCAGCUCUGCGGGCAGCGGCGGGGCCGCUGCUCCUGCAGCUGGGGCGACGGCUGGACUCGGCGGCCCCAGCGGGCGACGCUCGCGGCCGCGCGCCGUGUGCGCCAGGGCCUCGGUGCUCGCCUGGCGCGCCCUGGCAGCCCAGCGUUCUGCUCGAGCUGGCGGACCGGCUGGUGGUGGACAAGCCGCCAGGCUGGGAGGUGGACCAGCAGCGCGCACCAAUGGCCGUCGGUGCAGAGCCGCUCUCCGCCUUCCUCCGGGCGCUGCUCCCCUGCCGGCGCUGGCCCAUCGUGCGCGACGUGAAGCACAACCGGGGGAUCCUGCACCGCCUCGACGUCCCGAGCUCUGGCCUGGUGCUCGUCGCCAAGACGCACGAGGCCUACCUCGACCUCGCCCUGCAACUGCACACUGCGCAGGUGGAGCGGUGCUACGUCGUGCUCUGCCGAGGCUGGCUCCCCUUUGGCCGCACGGAGGUCGCCGCCCGGGUGGCGUGGUCGCCCUCCGACCCACACGGCCCGGUGGGCGACGUCCCGGAGAGCGGCCGCGCGCCGCGGAGCCAGGUGAGCAGGCGCGGCAGGCCCUCGCGGACGGAGCUGAGGGUGCUCGCCCACGCGACCCGGCGCGGGGACGCCUUCAGCCUGGUCGGAGUCCGCAUCGCCACGGGCCGCCGCCACCAGAUCCGAGUUCACAUGGCGCACGUGGGCCACGCCACUGCCUGCGACGGGAAGUACAGCAACGAGCUCGUCUCGCGGAGCUGGUGCGGCCGCAAUUUCCUGCACAGGUGCCGGCUGGCGUUUCACGACGCCGCGGGCGCGCGCCGGGAGGCGACCUCCCCCCCGCAGCAGGCCAGGUCGGGGGCCUCGUCGUUGUCGUCCUCGGCGUCGCCGCCGCCGCCGCCGCCGCCGUCGACGACGUCGUCGUCGUCGUCGUCACCCCCGAUCGAGGAUCGAUCACGGGUCGACCGAUCGAAUCGGGCGACCGGAGCUUCGCACAUGCUCCGAUCUUGGCCAGCCCCAUCCUGGGCCCAGGCUUGGUGUGUGUGUGCCUCCCUGAGAGGGCGCACACCGUGGUUCGUGACAAGAGCGCGGGGUGGCCGGCGCUACAGUCAACCCACACAGUAA